CGUCAUACAUCCCAUCAAUCUUAGCGGGGUCGAGUCUUUCAUCAAAAGCGGACAAACCCAACAUUUUUCUUGAGCUUCUUCUCAAACCUUCAAUCCCUCUUCACUUAUUAAAAGCCUUGUUGAUCUUCAGGAAAAUUUGAUUGUUUCUCCCUUUCUCCCUUUUUCACACAUCACAAACAAUACAUACAAAAUGGCCGACACUGUUAUCAAACCAGAGGAGUCUGGCAAUGCUGGAUCUCUCGAACUGAAGGACAACACUGUUAUCAUUGUUUUGGGAGCUUCUGGUGAUCUUGCAAAGAAGAAGACUUUCCCAGCUCUUUUCGGUCUCUAUCGCAACCAAUUCCUCCCAAAGGAUGUCAGAAUUAUUGGAUAUGCGCGAACGAAGAUGGACCACGAGGAAUAUAUUAAGAGAGUUAGAUCAUAUAUUAAGACUCCCACCAAGGAUAUGGAACAGCAACUUCAAGAGUUCUGCGAUAUCUGUACAUACAUCUCCGGACAGUAUGAUAAGCCAGAGGGUUUCAUCGAGCUUAGAAAACACUGCGAGGAGUUCGAAAAGGGAAGAAAAGAAGCCAACAGAAUCUUCUACAUGGCCUUACCUCCUUCGGUCUUUACAACUGUAUCCCAACAACUAAAAGCAAACGCCUAUCCAGAGACCGGUGUAGCAAGAAUCAUUGUUGAGAAGCCAUUUGGAAAGGAUUUGGGAAGUUCCCGUGAGUUACAAAAGGCAUUGGAGCCAAACUGGAAGGAAGAUGAGAUCUUCCGUAUCGAUCAUUACCUUGGAAAGGAGAUGGUCAAGAACAUUUUGAUUUUGAGAUUCGGUAACGAGUUUUUCGGUGCUACAUGGAACCGAAAUCACAUUGACAAUGUUCAAAUCACAUUCAAGGAACCUUUUGGAACCGAAGGCCGAGGAGGUUAUUUUGACGAAUUCGGUAUCAUCAGAGAUGUUAUGCAAAACCAUCUUUUACAAGUCCUCACCCUCCUCGCCAUGGAGAGACCAAUCUCAUUCUCCGCAGAGGAUGUUAGAGACGAAAAGGUCCGAGUUCUUCGCGGUAUUCCAGCAAUCGAGCCAAAGAAUGUCAUCAUUGGUCAAUAUGGCAAAUCCUUAGACGGAAACAAGCCUUCCUACAAGGAAGACGACACCGUACCAAAGGAUUCGAGGUGCCCCACAUUCUGUGCUAUGGUUGCCUAUAUCAAGAACGAGCGAUGGGACGGUGUACCAUUCAUCCUGAAGGCUGGUAAGGCUCUUAACGAGCAAAAGACCGAGAUCCGAAUUCAAUUCAAGGAUGUCACAUCUGGUAUCUUCAAAGAUAUCCCAAGAAACGAGCUUGUUAUGCGCAUUCAACCAAACGAGAGUGUUUAUAUUAAGAUGAACUCCAAGUUGCCAGGUUUGAGCAUGCAAACUGUUGUCACUGAACUCGACUUGACUUACCGUCGCCGAUUCUCUGAUCUCAAGAUCCCAGAAGCAUAUGAAUCCCUCAUUCUUGAUGCUCUUAAGGGUGAUCACUCCAACUUUGUUCGUGAUGAUGAGCUUGAUGCAAGUUGGAGAAUCUUCACCCCACUCUUACAUUACCUCGACGACAACAAGGAGAUUAUCCCCAUGGAAUACCCAUACGGCUCCCGCGGACCCGCCGUCUUGGAUGACUUCACCUCUUCCUACGGAUACAAGUUCAGCGACGCAGCUGGUUACCAAUGGCCAACUACCCAAACCGCUCCUAACAAGCUGUAAAUUGGUGUGUUAGUCGCCAAUAAAUGAAUAACUAGAUACCUGGUAUGAAGGCAUGAAAUUGAUAGAUAGAUACGAUGAUUCAUGAAGGAUUCCCAUACACAUAUUCGGAUGGUGGUUUUUCUUCAUAUUUAUGAUAGCUGAAUGAAAAGCCAAAUUUACAUAAUGAACAAAAUCAUGCUUUACCUGUGGGAGUUGACCAACAAAAACUUUUUGGGUCACAUUAUCUCUUCUGUGAUCAUACUCC